CAUCGUUUUCCCACUGAAUUUGAGAUAAACUGCAAUUUGGAUAUAUGUCAAGGGAUAGGAGUAUGGUUGGAUUAUGACUGGAUAUAUUCUAGUCGUGGGUUUGUUGCAAGCUGCACUGACCUGGGGGUUCAAUCUGGAAACAAGCAACCCCAGUGUAUUUCUUCAGAGCCGAGAGUCAUACUUUGGGUACCAAGUUUGUCAUUUUGGAGCAGAGCACAGUAACAGUGUUUUAGUGACAUCCCCACUACAUGGAAAUGGGACAGGGGCGAUUUAUAAAUGUCCAUAUAAGGGCCAGUGUGAACUACUUCCCAUGGAAGUGACACCAGGGAUUUCAUUGGGACUGUCACUAGCUUGCACAGCAGACAGAGCAAUGGUGUGUGGCCCACGCCUUACACAGCAAUGUCAACGUCUGGACUACCUCAAUGGACUAUGUGUGGAACUUGCUCCAUCAUUCACAGAAAAGCAAAGGUUCAAACCAGCUUUUCAAGAGUGUCACAAUACGUCGUUGGAUGCCGUGGUUCUUUUUGAUAGCUCCCAGAGCAUUUCAUCAGCUGACUUUGACACCAUGAUCAAGUUCAUCAAGGAAAUUAUCCGCAUGUUCUCAGAGCCUUGGACUCAGGUAGCAGUGGCUCAGUAUGCUACUACCUACCAUGCUGUUUUCGAGUUUGAGAACUUUGCCGUAACCUCAGACCCUAUCUCCCUGAUGAAAGUGUCCCAUAUGAAGGGACACACUCACACGGCAGGAGCCAUACGUUUUGUACUCGAUACAAUGUUUAAAGCUGAAAAGGGAAUGCAGAAAGACUCCAAGAAGUUACUUGUGGUGAUAACGGAUGGGGAAUCCAAUGACAAAGAUGUAACACUUGAUGAAGUCCUGCCACAGAUAGAGAACAUGAACGUGACCACCUAUGCCAUUGGGGUUGGUGAUAAGUAUUCCUAUGAUGAGCUCCUGAAGAUUGCUCUCAACAAUAAGAAGAAUGUACUGCGGACUGACAGCUUUGACAAGCUGGCCACAAUCGAAAAAGAACUGAGGUCCCAGAUCUUUGCAAUCGAAGGCAUGGGUGCAGCAUCAAACUACAGCUCUUUUCAUACGGAGGUGUCACAGGGUGGUUUUAGCAUUGCACUAUCUAAAGGAACAGAGGAGAGUGCGUUUGGGGCCGUGGGCGCGUACGAGUGGUCAGGUGGGCUGGCCAGGUAUGGCCUCGGGGGCAGCACAACAUUCAUUAAUGCGUCUGCAGAGGAGACGGACCUGAGAGACUCCUACCUGGGUUACGCAGUGGCGACACUCCGUGUGAAUCAGACAACGGUCUACUUUGCGAGUGCACCGCGUUACCAACACACCGGUGUUGUACUGGGCUUCCAGCAGUCUGGUGAUGACACCUGGACCGUCACCCAGAGGAUAUAUGGCACUCAGUUUGGCUCCUACUUUGGCUCAGCUCUCUGUGCAUUGACGGGGGAGAGUAAUGGCCGCCAAAGCCUGCUUGCUAUCGGCGCUCCUCUUUACCAGGCCAAGAGCACUGGUGGAGAGGUGCGCAUCUGCACCAUGCACAAUGGGGCCCCCAACUGUUCCCAGUAUCUGCGUGGUGUCCCUGGAGAGAGGAAUGGCCAGUUUGGGGCGUCCCUCUCCUCCUGCCCAGAUCUGAACGGGGAUGGAGCUCCGGAGUUAGCGGUGGGGGCUCCGUACGAGAACAGUGGCAGUGGAGGCCUCUACAUCUUCCUGAGCCAUAGCAACGGCAUCCGAUCCGAAUACAGCCAGAGACUCAGGGGCUCCAAGCUGGAUGGCAAGCUGCAGUACUUUGGGCUGUCUGUACACUCUGGUGGAGACCUGAGCGCUGAUGGCCUGACCGACCUGGUGGUUGGAGGGAGAGGAGCCGCCGUCAUCAUCAGGUCUCAUCCGGUGAUGUGUCUAAGAGUAUCCGUCACUCUGGAUCCUCCAAUCAUCUCGCAGGACAGCUUCCACUGCUCCGCCCCCCUGGGCCUCAAUAGGCCUGUCUCCACCGUCAAUGUCUGCGUCACUCUGGACGAGGUCCUGAAAGGAAACAUUCAGACCCCUUUCCAGGCAGCGGUGUCCCUGUCACUGGAGCUGGACCAGAUCCCCCAUAGCCCGCCACGCCUGCUCUUCUCCAAGCCCUCCUCAUCACACUGGAACAUGACACUCAAAGGCCAAUCGGACAAGUUCUGUCAGACCCUCACCCUCACCCUCCCGGAUUGUAUAGAAGAUUAUCGUGACGUGAAUCUGACUGGAGAGCUAUUGGUAAAAACAGAGGAGAUACCGGGAUCCAAUGGCCUGAGACCCAUACCAAGCCCUGACUGCCCUCUGAGCUUCCUCAACAAGGUGCCACUGGAGAAAGUGUGUGGAGAGGAUCACGUGUGUGUCUCAGACCUCGAGGUUUCCAUCAAGUUCAAUAGGCCGGUGGUGGUGAACAGCACAUCGUUCCCUGUGGACGUGUCUGUGAAGGUGGUGAAUAACGGAGAAGACGCCUCAGGCACUCAGCUGAAGCUCCACUUCCCCUCCUCGCUCUCCUACUCGCACGCCAGACGGACCGUCGGGGUGGGUGCGGUGGCCUGUGCCUCCAACAGCUCUGAAGCAGGAUCAUUUGUCUUCUGUGAUCUUGGCUCAACAUUGAUACGCCAAAAAGCAGAGACAUCGGUACAGAUAUCAUUCCUGCUCUACGAUCGCUCCUCUCUGACUGACACGCUGUCUGUUAAUGUGUCAGUUACAAGCACCAACGAGAAAGAGCAGACGCUGCAAGACAACGUUGCAUAA